ACACGUGUUGGAUGGAGAGCGGUUAGAUGAAAAUAUUUAUAUGUUACGCAAGAAAUAAAUGUUCUCGCUGCUAGUGUUUCCCCGGUAAACAGGAUGGGACUGAUAAGACACGUUGUGUGCGCCAUGUCGGGCGGGGUGGACAGCUCCGUGGCGGCGUUGUUACUGAAGAAACGAGGCUACGCGGUGACGGGGGUGUUCAUGAAGAACUGGGACUCCCUGGACGAGCAGGGCGUGUGCAGCUCGGAGAAGGACUGCGAGGACGCAUACCGGGUCUGCCAGGACCUCAACAUCUCCUUCCACCAGGUGUCCUACGUGAAGGAGUACUGGCACGAUGUGUUCAGUAAUCUGUUAAAGGAGUAUGAGAAGGGCAGGACGCCAAACCCUGACAUUCUAUGCAACAAACACAUCAAAUUUAACCACUUCCACAAGUAUGCCAUCAACAUUCUGGGUGCUGAUGCCAUGGCAACCGGCCAUUACGCCAGGACAUCACAGGAGGACGAAGAGGUUUUCCAGCAGUCACACACGGCCCCACCCACCACUCUUUUCAGAGAUCGAUUUGAAAUCAGGAAUCCCGUCAGGCUGUUCCAGGGUGCCGACCUCGUCAAAGACCAGACCUUCUUCCUCAGCCAGAUCUCGCAGGACGCCUUGCGACAAACCAUGUUCCCACUCGCUGGACUCACCAAAGAGUUUGUGAAAAAGAUUGCAGCCGAGGCAGGUUUCCACCAUGUGCUCAAGAAGAAGGAGAGCAUGGGUAUCUGCUUCAUUGGUGAGAGGAACUUUGAAAACUUCAUUUUAGAGUAUAUGGAGCCUAAACCGGGGAACUUUGUUUCCAUUGAGGACGGGACUGUGGUGGGGACACACAAAGGUUGGUUCACUAUGACUCUGGGCCAGGGGGCAAGGAUAGGAGGACAGAAAGACGCCUUGUUUGUGGUUGACAAAGACACCGUCACCGGAGACGUGUUUGUGGCUCCAACUACCAAUCACCCAGCUCUUUUCCGUGACACGGUUCGGACCGACCGCUUCCACUGGGUAGCGGUGGACCCCCCUCCAGAGCUGGUCAGGACCCAGAUGCUGGAGUGCCACUUCCGCUUCAUCCACCAGAUGCCCCUGAUUCCCUGCACCGUAACUCUGAACAUGGACGGCUCUGUGUGGAUUUCACUUUCCCAGCCGGUCCGAGCUCUAACACCUGGACAGUUCGCGGUGCUCUACAAAGGUGACGAGUGUCUGGGCAGCGGGAAGAUCAUCCAGCUGGGUCCCAGUGAAUACACGCUGCAGAAGGGCAGAGAGCAGUUUGUGGCACGUCUGCAGCACAAAGAGCAGCCGGGUCCUGACCCAGCCAGCUGAGAUGAGCUAAUCUGGCCCAGACUGGCUGCGUCAUGGCGGUCCAGGAGGAACGACGAUUCUGAGAAGGGCUCCGUGUUGACAGUAUUUUGAAAUUCUCCGUCUCAACUGUGUUUCCUCGGUAUUUUGCCUCCAGAUGAGGCAAGGAUACGGUUUGCUGUUGGAUGCACAGAUAAAGCCUCUGUACCAAAGCCGGUACGGUUUACUCAGUAACAGUAUCCCUCAUAUUGAGGGGAAAAAUAAACAAAAAACACAAAACCUUCAACCAUCUGACAUCAUAGAUCUGCUCCAACCUUAUUUUUAUUUUUUU